UACUGUUAUCGCAACUCAUCAGGUAUUUGUUGACUGUGUAGGAGAUGUUUCUUAAACCAUAUAAAUUACGGAGUAAUGCUCCAUUAAAAGGAUCUGAAUCAAAACGUUUGCGACAACGUGUAGAAAAGGCAUUUCCGGAUGCAACGGCCGAACAACUCAGUUUAGUGAUACCAGCAAAGAGCGCCGUAACGCAGCUAAAAUUGACAACGCAUGGCGGCACACAAACGAACGUUUUCUGUGUAGACAAAUUGCCUAUGUUCUUCGAACUUGAGUCAGGCGAGUUGGCACCGACCUUGUACGCUUUGUGGCUCGUGCCGUCCUUGCUGCCCUAUUUCACCACACACCGUGAAGUAUUGCCGAAACUCUCAAAUGGCGCUGAACUAAUGUUGCCCGGUGUAGUGCCAAAAGGUACCGGUAUGAAUAUGUAUGGACGCUAUCGGCAAGGACAGUUGAUGGGUGUUAAUUUGGUUUCCAAUGAGUCUGCUGUAGCAGUUGGUUAUUUACCUCGAUCUUCAGAUGAUUUGUAUAUGUGCGGUCGUCAAGGUGUAGCCGUGAAGAUGUUGCAUAUAUUCGGUGAUAAAUUAUGGGGCCAUGAGCCUACAUUAAUACAACAAGUACCAUUAAAAAAGGCGGCGCCAUUAACAAAAGACGAUUUUCCAGAACUGGGUGCUAAGCAGGACAAACAGAAAAAGGAUGGAAAUGAUAAGUUAACGUUGGCAGAUAUUGUAGCCAGUACACAAACGCUUGAAACAACUAAUCGAGAGGCAAUAUUCCCGGAACUAGAGAAAUUGGAAAUAUCUUCUAGUGAAAUAGACGCGGAAAGAAAUAAGAAUAUAUCCAUAGAGAAUGGUGAAAACGUUGGCGUUGAAGAUUCUGAAGCGGAAAGUGAAACAACGCCUGAAAUGAUACUAAAAAAUGCUUUCUUAGCUGCACUGAAAAAUCAUGGCAAAAAUUUGCAAUUGCCACUCUUGACCAGCAAUUUCUAUCGUUUAUAUGUUGUGCCUGAAGCUCCUCAGCCAAUUGACUUGAAGAAAACUAAAUAUAAGAAACUUUCGAAUUUCCUCAACGAAAUGAUCGAUCAGGGCUUUAUUGUUGUACGCGAAGAGUCAAAGGGCGUGGAUAAAAUUACCUCCAUAGAUCUUGAUCAUCCAGAAGUGGUUAAUUUUAUAACCGAUUUCAAACCUCCAAAACAAGCCGCAGAUGGUGAACUACAAGAUCAGCCACUAUUUCGUUCAGAAUUGACAGAAACUUAUAUUGUUUCGGAUGAAACAGCGCCUUUCUUUGCUAAAAUGAAUUUUAAGCGCGGCGAAGGUGUACCAACCGCACAAAUCAAAAAGGUUAUACGUGAAUAUAUAAGCAAACAUAAUCUGCCUAAAGCUGAUCCGACAGGUGGUACUAUACAGUUAGACGAAACGCUUGAAAAAAUUUGUAACAGCAAGUCUGCAACCGUCAGUCAAAUUUGCAGUGCCAUCACCAGCAAAAUGGAAUACAGCUACCAAAUGUGUGAGCUCAAGAAUGUAGCGUCCAACAAGCCACUCAUACAAAUGUCACUUGCAACUCGUUCGGGUAACAAGAAGGUUACGCUGAUCAGCAACGUGGAGUGUUAUGGCAUUAUCGUUCCAGAGUUUAUUAAACUGUGUAAGCAGGGGGCGGCGGCUAGUACCACAGUUGUCAAAUUGCCACAUCAAAAGGCCGAACAACUGCAGAUUCAAGGUAAUCAAGUGCGGUUUGUUUAUAACUUAUUGACCGAAACUUACAAAGUACCACCAAAAUGCAUAUUAGGAUUAGAACUGGCUAAAGAUGGUAAAAAACACAAGAAAAAAUAAAUCAACAGCACAAAAUUAAUUAAACUCCUAACUAGAACGUGGUUCAACCAAGUUGGAUUGUAACAAAAUAAACAAGAAUCUAAAGCGAA